UCUCUGAGAAUACUGACAGAAAAGUUUUCGAGAUACAGUUGUCAGAAAAGAGGUCAGACAGGGACAAACCAGGCUGUCACAACUUGAAUGGGAGUGGCCAAAGGUGAAUGAUUAAAAAUGGAAGCUGAGGCGUUAAGAAAUGAGGCAAAUAGGAAGUUAUGGAGUCAGGAAUGGACUGGGCAGAAGGUGUAGAUCACUACAGCUUGAAAGGGUGUGGCCAAAGGUAAGCGAUUAAGAAAGGAAAAAAAGAAACCGGAGUAAUGAAGAGGUGUUGGGGUCAGGACUGGGGCGGAAGCAAGACCUUGGCAGAUCUGAAGAGGAAAGGAAAGAGGAAGGUGAAGGGGAAAGGGUAGGUUUUCCCCCAAAACCACAAAGCUACCGGAGUGGGGUGCAUGUCAAUCAGAAAGGAUCGGGGAGGGCAGUAUUGUCUGACAGGGGUAGGGAAGUAGCAAAGUCUGAAAGGGCAGCUAGUCCAGGUGCAGAAGCAGCUGAGAAAGAGGGCAAGGUCUAACCCAAGCGAGAUGUGCCCGGGACAGAUUUGAUAGGAUUGAGACGACCCAAGGAGGCAGGUCUAACAGGGGGCAGGUCCGGCCUGUGACUUAGAUCAAUAGAAAUCUACAGAGGGAGGCAGGUCUGAUAAAAGGUGCAGCCAAGGACUAGGAGCCCAGAUUGCCGUUAGUAGCGGUCCCCCCAGGGCGCGUUGGAAGGACGCGGCUGUGAGUCCACAUUCACCUCCACAUCGGUGUCUCCACUCGAGGCGCUGUCAGACAGCUCUGGGGUGGGUGGAGGGGAAGUGCACUGAGCGAACGAGUCCGGCGAUGAGGAGCUGGUGGCAGGUGGUGCCGCGGAUAGCCCAGCGCUACCCCUGGCCCACCAAUGUACUGCUCUAUGGGGCUCUCUACUCAUCCGGGGACGUGCUGCAGCAGAUGCUGCGGGGUUGCGAGCCUGACUGGCAGCAGACGCGGCGCGUGGCCACCGUGGCCAUCGGCUUCCACGCGAACUUCAACUACGUGUGGAUGCGGCUCCUGGAGCGCGCGCUGCCGGGCCGCACGCCGCGCGCCGUGCUGACCAAGGUGUUGUGCGACCAGUUGCUGGGCGCGCCCAUCGCACUGAGCGCCUUCUACACUGGCAUGAGUAUACUUCAGGAGAAAGAAGAUAAAUUUUUGGACCUGAGACAGAAAUUCUGGAAUACGUAUAAGACUGGUCUCAUGUACUGGCCUUUUGUGCAGCUUACCAACUUCAGUUUUGUUCCUGUUUACUUAAGAACAGCGUAUGUGGGACUGUGUGGCUUUUUCUGGGCUACCUUCCUUUGCUACUCACAGCAAAGCGGAGAUGGGACAGUGUCAUCAGUUUUUGUGUGGCUUAAGAAAAAGGAGGCCAGUGAAGUUGAAAGGUCUCCAGAGAAAUGACUGCCUUUAAACAAAUCAUUCCCAU